AUGAACUUCAAAUUCCCAGGAACUUAUGCAGAACUCAAGGAUACUAAUUUCUCUGAAUUUUAUAGAGUCAAAUCUAAAAAUUCAAUCCCUAAUAUGGAUGAUCGUCUUAUAUUCAUGAAAAUAAAUUAAUUCUAAGAAGAAUUCAAUCAAAUGCCAACUCUUAUUGAAGAUGCAUAUAAUUUUGAUUUUCUUUACUAUUUGGUUGAGUAAAAUAUAAAUCUAUAUCAAGAUAUUUAGAUAAACAUUCCAACUAGAAAGCUUAAUUUCUAUUGAUUGACAUCUUUUCAUUUUAAAUACUAAAACUACACAAUAACCAUUCUAAAGCAUUUCAAAUGACACUCUUCUUAUAUUUAAAUCUGUUAUAAUAGAAACAAAUUUAAGGACCUUAGGUAAAAAGGGCAUUAAAAUAAUUGAAGCAACUAUUUAGUCUAAAUUCUUUAGUUGAUCUUGAUAGAGAAGGUAUUAGAUAUGUAUUUGAUCUUAUUAAAAUGGCUAUAGAGAUAAAAGAAACUCAAAUAAGAGAAGUUUGGAUUGAAGUUCUUAUAUAAGCUUUGAUAAUUUGGUCUAAACAUGAAACAGUUCUUAAAAAUACUAUAGUUCAUUUAAUGUAUGAAUAAGAGAGUGUAGUGCCAAAUCUUAGUAAAUUCUUAGUGGCUUGUAGUAGACAUGAUAAAUUAAAAUCAUAUACAAUUGAUUAAUUAGGUUUGCUUAUUAAUUUUAUUACUGAUAAGUCUACCAAUUAAACAGAAAGUUUAGCUGUUAAAAAUCUUAGAGAACUUUUAACUAUAUCAUCAAAAGAAAUGCCAAAAAUAUAUUAUCAAUAGUUAUCAUCAAUGAUUGGAUUGUAUGAUAAUGAAAAUUAUCAUAUAAGAAGUGGUCUCUCAGAUGUAAUAACAAAUGUAAUAGAAUAUUUAGUCAAAGAAUCAAAGGAAUAAAAUGAUGAUGAAGUUCUACUAUAAAAUGCAAAUAAUUUAAUUAAAUCUUUAAUAUCUAGACAUAUGGAUAAGACUGCCUUAUGUAGAUCAAAUGUAUUAUAAAGUUUAUCGCAAUUAUUAAAUUUGAAUUGCAUAUAAAAAAUACAUCUACCAACUAUUUUCUCUAUAAGCCAGUCUAGACUGAGGGAUAUCUCUGGUUAUGCUAGAAAAUCAGCAUUAUAAUUAUUGAAAUCAGUUUCAAGAUGUUAUAGAUAUAUUUAUGUUUAAAGUUAAGGAAGGCAAAAAUUUUGGUCAUCAAAUGAAAUAGAAGAAUAAAAGAAAAAUAAUUAGUUAGAAUUAGAUAAUAUCCAUAAUGAUUUUUAGAAAUUAGACUAGUAAUUUUAAGAAGGUUGUAUCAAUGAAGAUUAGAUUAAUGAUACUAUAAAAAAUAUUAAGAAAAGGACUCAGGAAAUUUAAAAAGGCUAAGAAUAUUUAGAUGAAUAUAGCAAAUUUUUGGAUGGAAUGAAAAUUACAAUGAAUUAAGUCUUAUAAUUAUGUCAAAGUAAAAAUUAAGCAGAUGUUAUACAUUCAAUCAAAUUAUUUACAUAUUUAUCAAAAUAUGAAUUUGAAUCUUCAAAUAUAGGAUUAAGAAGAAUUUUAUUAUUGGUUUGGUCACAAGAUAAAUCAAUUUAAUAAGAAGUUAUUAAAAAAUUUUGGAAACUCUUUUUGAAGGAUAAUAAGAAUACAAAAUAAAUUAUAUUAUGUAUUAUAGAUUUGAUAAGCAAUUCAAAUUAGAAGGAAUUAUUAUCAAUAGAAAAAAUUAUAUUAUCAUAUGAGACUGAAUAAGCUCCAACUUACAAAUUACCUAAUAAAGCAUUUAGUAUUCUUUGGGAACUUUUUGGUAGAUCAGAAAUUAAUUAAAGAUCAAUGCUUAUUUUUGUGAGAAUUAUGCUUACAAGAAAUUGUUCUUAUUUUAGUAUAGAUAAAAUAAAAUAAAUUUAAGAAUUAUUAAUGUGUUAUAAUAGAAAAGAUCCAGAUUGGAUCAUCAUAAAAGAACUAUCUCUCAUAUUAAUUAAAUUAGAUAAAAAUCAAGAAAGAAAUUAAGUUUAUAUUAAUAAUUCAAUAGAAUUACUAACUAGAUUACUUAUAAAAUAUAAAGAUACAUAAGAUAUGAAUUAUUUUAGUGCAUGUGAUUCUAUCAUAUAAUUAAUUUCACUCUCUUCUAAUCCUGAAAUUAAAUUUGAAGUUUUAAUUAAACAAUUUGAAAUUGAAUAAAAUACAAAUAAUUCUAUGGAAUUAGAAUAAUUAAGUAAUAAUGAUGAAAUGCAUUUAACUCAUGCAAUAUAUAUAGCAGGAUGCAUAUCAUUAUAACUUUUAGUUUUAAUAGAUAAAACUCAUAGAUAACUUAAAUAACUUAAAAAUGAUAGAGAAUCAUAAGUAGGAAAGGAAUAAGAAAUAGAUAAGAUUUCAGGAGGUUUAGAGGGUGAAUUUGAAAGAAUACAUGAAGUAGUAAAUGAAAUACAGGAUCUCAAUUUAGUAUAAUAAAAUCUAUUGUCUGUAUUCUCCCCUUUAGUAAUAAUGAUAAUUGAUGAUUGUCUUGUAGAUAUGGAAAAUAAGAAAUGUUGUGAUUUAAAUUAAUAAUCUCCUCUUAUAUAGGUAUGUUUAAUCACAAUGUGUAAAUUUAUGUGUUUGUCUGAAUCUUAUUGUAGAUAAAAUAUUGAAAUGUUAUUUAAUAUUAUGAAGUAAAUAUAAAAUUGAGUAUAUUUUAGAUGUCCUUUGUUUGAUUAAGUAGUUAAGAACAAUGUAUUAAUUAGUAUUGGAGAUCUAUUACAUAUGUGGCCAAAUACUGUUUAAUAGUUUCAUAAAUAGAUAUAUUCAAAUUUACUUGAUUCAAAUGGGCCUCUUAGAAGAGUGACAUUACUUGUUCUUACUCAUUUGAUUUUGAAUGAUAUGAUUAAGAGUAAGACAUCCUUAUCACAUAUUCCGGUUUUAUUAAAUGACCCUUGUUAAUAGAUUUAAAGUAUGGCAAGAUACUUUUUAAAUGAAUUGCAAAAGAAAGAAUAACGAGCUAUUUCAAAUGCUGUACCAGAUAUUAUAUUAAAUAUUCAUGAACAUAAUGAGAUUAUUAUAUCUCAAAUAUCUUUAUAUAUUGAUAAAAAUUUGGUUGAAUCAAUAGUAGAGAAGUUAAUUAAUAUAUUAGGGAUUAGUUAAAGUAUAUAUUAAUAUAUAAUUAUUUAUAGAUUAAUCAGAAAUAAAAAACAUUUCUAUAUUAUUCAAUUAUAUGAAUCUGACUCAAAUUUCAUUAUAAAGAUUUUUAGAUGGAUGGGAAUAAUAUAGAGAAAAAUUAAAAGAUUAAUUUGUUUAUAAUUAAUUUAUUACUUUAAUAAAAAAAGUAUUAUAUUUCUUAGUUGUUUUAGUUAAGAAGAACUCUACCAUAAGAUAGUAGAGUAGUAAUUGAUGAAUUUGAGAUGAAGAUAGAAAAUUAUGACAAAGAAACAUUUGAAAAUAGAAGAAGAGAAAAAGUAUCAAAGAGAAAAAAUGGUAAGACUUAAUUCCAAGUUAAAGAUGAUAAAGAAUUAAAAGAAAAUAUUAGUAAUGUGAAAUAAUAGUAGAGAAGGAAAGUUAAAAAGAAAGAUGAAGAAAUUAUAGAAGUUGAAUCAAAUUCUGAAUAAGAAACUUCUUAAGCUAUGGUUAUGAAAUAAUAAACCAAUCAAAGAAAAAAAAGAAGAUUUCUUUAAAAAAAUGAAGAUUGA